GGCUCGAGCCUUCCGCAGAUUCGAACUCCCCCGUACCUUCUUUCGCCCAUUUGCCAUGUUCUGCUGCGGCAGCAAGGCUGGAGUCGAGGAGCCCCGGCGUUUGCGAGACCUCCGGGAGGACCAGACGGGUGCCCGGCCCGCGCAUCGCCGCGCGAGACAAGACUGGGGCACCGGACCGACUGGCCAACGCCUCGGCGGCAGCUCCGAGGGUCCCAGCGCCGCCGCCGCCUCGGCGGCUUCGGCGACUUCGGCGGAGCGGCGGCUGCAGGCGCUGGAAGCGGCGCAGAAGCGGCAAGUGGCGCCCGGCACCUCCAAGGCCCGCGCCAACGAGCUGUCAGAGCAGAGAGAGAAGGAGGAGCUCUUGGGCCGCAUCACCGAGCAGUACUACAGGCUGGGAGAGGAAGUGCCCAUGGGCCUGAAACUGGCGACGCUGGAGCAGCUCAGGAAGCAUCUGGAGAUCUGCAGGCAGCGCCGCGCAAAGUGAACCGAAGCGCUCAGCGUUCGCCUGCGCCAUGCGAAUUGAGUGAUGUGCCCUGCUGAACUUAUCGACGCGGUGGCUUUACUGCAGCACUGCGGUUUCAUGUGUGAUGUGGUUUUGUGGGCUUACACGCUUCGGUUGUUGUGAGGA